GACACUCAUCAAGAAAUAUGGCGUGAAGUUGGUACGAAGAUGGUUGUUGUGAGUUACGAAAGAGUAGACGAUUUCUCGUGGGGAAGGCACUUCCCAGUCGUCCGGAAAAAGUACCGCAUUGCUAUUUUUUCCUUUGAUCUAGCAAGCGGACGGUAGUGCGAUGGUAUACGAUAUCAAAUGGAUCAUACCGAAGCUUCGAAAUCCAAGCAGUCUUUGGAACAUUGCGAGUAGCAUAACCUUUGUAGCAGUAGGGAUUUUCUCUAAAAUCAUUAUAGGAAAUAUCAGGUACGCAUUAACGCCCUACAAAGGGCACAGGAAAUCAGUCAUUGGCCCUCGCUGGUCUCUCAAAUGGCUGAACAGAACAACAGUGUACAACAAACAUAUCAUCAAUCGAGCGUUAGACGAACGGCCGAAAAAUGUACCGUUAAUCACAGUGUCAAAUCAUCACAGUUGCUUCGAUGAUCCUGGUAUAUGGGCGAGCCUGGACCUGAGGUAUCUGAUGGAUCGACGUAAGAUCAGAUGGUCGCUUGCGGCCCACGACAUUUGUUUCACAAACUCCUGGCAUUCAUACUUCUUUAUGCUGGGCAAAUGCAUUCCCGUGAUCAGAGGUGGAGGUGUGUAUCAGGAAGCCAUGGAUUUCUGCAUCGAAAAGUUGGCCGCUGGUGAAUGGAUUCACGUCUUCCCCGAGGGGAAAGUAAACAUGUUUAAAGAAACCAUGAGAUUAAAAUGGGGUAUUGGAAGAUUAAUAUAUGAAUCACCUAUUCCGCCGCUAGUAGUUCCAAUCUAUCAUCUUGGCAUGGAUGACGUUUUACCGAAUGAACCACCAUAUAGAUUGAAAAUACGCAAAAAGGUCACUAUGAAUUACGGUGAUCCAAUAGAUUUUAGCGAAUUAAUAGAAGAAUUGCGUGUGUCAAAAGUGUCUGAAGAGGAAGCAAGGAAAGCGAUUACAGAUCGUAUUCAAACAGAACUUUUAAAAUUGAAAACGAUAACGGAAGAACUUCACAAAAAUUCAUGAUAAUCAAACGGGAGACAUUCUAAUCAUCAUCCCGAUUAGCUUUAAUAUACCAAAAAAAAAAAUAAAAAAAAUAUAUAUAUAUAUAAAAAAUAAAAUUUUAAUUCAAUGUGACAAUAGAUAUUAAUCAAAGAUAUUCAUUUGUACGACAUGUAACUAAUAUAUAUAUAUACAAUUGUGUAAUGUAAUGCACGUAUCAGGCAGUAGUGAUUUAGUUUUGUUCCUUUUUUUAUUUUUUUUCAUUUUUUUUAAGAGGAUAUUAUAUUCAUGAUAUUCUUGAGAGAAUUUUAAUUUAAAUACGAGUCGUGUUGACUUAAAAAUGCCAUAUAUACGUUUCACAGUUACAUUAUCACAUACAUAAUAAUGUAUAUACGUUCCUGCAUACACAUAAAAGGAAUCAUCGUAACUUAUGUAAAAACUUACAGUUAUUGUUUAUAGAACAAAUUUUAAUAUAAUCGCAAAUUACGAAACAUCUUCUAUGAAACAUAACACUGAAACUGUGCCACUGUACUGCAUAUCAUCGUAUUUUUAUGCGUUGAUUUUUUAAUAUUUUCGAGGUUCGUAAUUUGUGAUGAUACAAUACAAGCGUGACACAAUCUUUGUAUAAUUCAUUGAAUUUAUUCUGCAUAUAUUAAAACCUUUUGUAUAAAUGAUUCGAAUAUAAUUGUAAUC